GUGAAGCCAAUUGGGGUAACCUGACUGUACUGCUCUGGUACAAGUAUAAUCUACUACCAGGUAAAGUUUCAAUGACAAAUUAUUGAAGGUAAAUUAUUGCUUUUUAAGGAGUUAUUAUCAAAGUAAUUAAAAUAGGGGGAAAAGAUCCCUACCCGAUCGCACAGCAUCAAUUGGCUGCAUCAAUUGUAGUGGUGAAAAGACCACCCUGCUUCCUGCUUGGAUGUCUAAGCACCUCCUCUGAUUGGCAUCACACUGGUACAGUGGUCACAUAACUAGGUAGCGGUCUUAGCCCUUUAAUAUAUUACACUUGAGAGUAUCUAACUUUUAUGGAAAUUACACUUGGGUACCUCAUAUUUUAAAAACUAUGAAAUACCUGACAUGGUUCUAGGAAUCACCUGGAUCGAAUCUGUAUCUGUGGAGGGCGAUACCGAUUACCGGCUGAUCUUUUGUCGGUGUAUUGAUUUGGAUUAAGAGUUAGAAGGUUAAAAAAAAAAAAGAAAAAAAAAAUUUAAGAUCUAGAAUUCCAGUUCGUGGUUUUAGGUAUUAGUAUUAGUAUUGGCAUUGGAUUGAUUGUAUCGAGUUUAUCGUAUUGAUAUUGAUUGAAACUGAUUUGGGAUUGAAUAUGUGUAUCGGAACAUGGGAACCAAACUGAUACCGAUACCGAUACCCGAGAACUAAUCCUUGGUCAGAGUCUCAUCAGACCGAUAUAAAACCAUGAAGGUCGAAAGAACAACUAGCAGUCGGCAGACUCGGCACUGAAGGUCCCAGUAGCACGGCCCUUCUAUUCCAUGUGCCAUAGUUGAUGGCCUCAUGUUCUCACACAGACGCACCAGUUGAUAAGUUUCAUUACCCAACCAUCCCAGUUCGUUAAGGUGGAAUGUGGGCAUGUUGUGGCCAUUACGCCCAAAAGGACACUUGACAGACUUACUCCUUCGCAACUGCGUCUCCUACACUAACCAUUUCUCUACCUCAGUAACUGCAACUGCUGUUUCUGGUGCUGUACGGGUUCAACAUAAGAUAGACUGGGUUUCUCAGAACAAAUUAUUCCAAAAGUUCCCUCGUCUUCAUUCCCUUGAAGAAGAAUGCAAGUCACUAGAACAAUUGAAACAGGUCCUCUCCUACAUCUUUGUCUCUGGUCUACACCGAAACCCUUUUGUUAUGAGCCGUGUUCUUUAUUCCUGUGUUUUCCUUUUAGAUGAAAACAUUGAGCUUAAAAGAAGUUAUGGAGCUGUUGUCUUUAGCCAAAUGGAUAGACCCAACACCUUCUCUUGGAAUACCAUAAUCAGGGCCUUCGCUAUCUCCUCUGAUUCUCGUUACACUUUGAUUGCCUUUCAGUAUUACGUCCAAAUGAUUCGUCAAGGAGUCGUACCCGAUCAGUACACCUACCCUUUCUUGCUCCAGGCUUGUGGGUCUGCUUCUGAUCUGGGUUUGGGAAAACAGGUUCACUGUCACGUUGUUUUGCUUGGGCUGGUUCAUAAUUUGUUUGUGAAGAACGCCCUUCUCCAUUUGUACUUGGUUUGUGGCUCAAUGGCCCACUCGUGGCAGUUGUUCGAUCAAAUGAAUGAAAGAGAUGUUGUGUCUUGGACAACCUUCAUUUCAGGACUUGUUACUCAUGGAUUUUGUAUUGAAAGCUUGUUGGUUUUUAGUAGGAUGAUGGCUACAGCAUUGGAUGCACGGCCUAAUGUUGCCACUAUGGUUUCUGUAAUGUCUGCUUGUGCAAAUCUGGGCUCUGUGGAUCAUACUAGGUGUUUGCAUUCUUACUUGGAGAAGGCUGGGUGGAUUGAGGUGGAAGUCUCUGUGAGGAAUGCACUGUUAGAUGCUUAUGCAAAAUGUGGCAGCAUGGAUUGUGCCACCCAAGUUUUUCGUGAAAUGCAUGGCAUUCAAAAGGAUCUGUAUUCUUGGACUACAAUGAUUGCAGGCUUAGCCAUGCAUGGACAUGGCAUCGACGCAAUCAAUUUAUUCCUGCAAAUGAAGCAAGAAGGGGGAAUCAUACCAGAUGCCAUUACAUUUGUUGCUGUUCUCUCAGCUUGUGCGCAUGCAGGAUUAGUCAAUGAAGGUUUGCAGAUAUUUGAAUCCAUGGAGGAAGAAUUUGGCAUUGUGCCUGAGCAGAAGCAUUACGGGUGUAUGGUGGACCUCUUAGGUAGAGCCGGGCUACUUCAAUAUGCCUAUGAAUUUGUUGAUAGGCUGCCUAUUGAGCCAAAUUUAGCUAUAUUGGGAUCCUUGCUUAGUGCAUGUAGAAUUCACAAUAAUUUGGAGUUGGCAGAGACUGUCCUGAAGAAGAUUGAAUCAUCAUGUGAGUAUGGUGGUGGAGCUCAUGUUCUUCUAUCUAAUGUGUACGCAAAUGACAACCGUUGGUUCGAAGUUGUUGAUGUUAGAAAGGGGAUGAGAGGAAGGGAAGAGCAUGUGAAGGGAAAGCCUCCUGGUCGAAGUUGGAUCCAGGUAAAAGGUGUGGUCCAUGAAUUUGUCGUUGGAUGUAAAUUUCAUCCUCAGGCUGUAGAGUUGUUCAUGGUUCUGGAUGGACUAUCAAAACUGUUAGUGUAACGGUAAUUUAGAUUGAUUUUUCUAAUUUUCUACACCCAAAAUUGGAAAUGGAGGAUUUUACUUGAAUGGUGGGAUGCUCUUAUCUCAUUUAUAAAGAUCUCAAGCGAUUCACAUAUUUGUUGAUACAUGAAAAAAUAAACAUUUUGAAUGUUACUCAAUUGCUAAGGACUAAGAAAGCCAAUGCUAACGAUUCUUUUGGGAGCCAUUAGCAA